CAGUCGAGCAAAGCAUUCAAACGCGCCAGCACAAAACGGAGACUAAAAGCAAAGUUCAACGAAUAAUAGAAAGAAUCGAGUGAAAAAAGUUCAAAAAGUUAAAAAUUUUGUGUAUUUACUAUCGAGACGCAUCUUUUUUUGUUCAAAGUAACAAAUAUUUGAGCUCCAUUCCGCUUUAGCUCCGCCGUCGCCGCGUUUCGCAAUGAGCUUCACACGCCAACUGUCCGAGAUGAGUGCCAGCGAACUGAACGACGCCAUCGACGACACCAACUUCCCGCAGGCCCACAUCCUGUCGCGCGGCCGCAACAACAGCGUCUGCUCAACAAGUAGCACCUCGGGCACCUCCUCCCUGGCGGACCGGGCGCUGUCGCAGCCUGAGGAGCCCGUUGUGCCGCAGCCAGGAUCCGCUGUGGGCACGCCCACGGAUGAGCUGGUGCCGAGCAUUGGAGCCACAAAUCGUCCCCGCCUGAUUCUGAAGACGAACGGCAGCAUUCCGGAAAACGACGGUACACAACCGACAACACCAAUGACACCGCGUACAUCGACAACGCCAGGCCACGAGAAGUGUACUUUCCACCACGACUUGGAGCUGGACCACAAGCCACCGACGCGAGAGGCUCUGCUGCCGGACAUGGCACGCUCGUACCGCCUUCUGCUGGGCGGCCUCGGCGAGAAUCCCGAUCGCCAGGGCCUAAUCAAGACCCCCGAGCGGGCAGCCAAGGCCAUGCUGUACUUCACCAAGGGCUACGACCAAUGUCUAGAGGAUGUACUGAACGGCGCCGUUUUCGAUGAGGAUCAUGAUGAGAUGGUGGUUGUCAAGGACAUUGAAAUGUUUUCCAUGUGCGAGCACCACUUGGUGCCAUUCUACGGCAAAGUUUCCAUCGGCUAUUUGCCUUGCAACAAGAUUCUGGGACUGAGCAAGCUGGCACGUAUUGUGGAGAUAUUUUCGCGUCGAUUGCAAGUGCAGGAACGCCUGACAAAGCAAAUUGCAGUGGCUGUCACUCAGGCCGUUCAGCCUGCAGGCGUGGCCGUUGUUGUUGAAGGAGUACACAUGUGCAUGGUAAUGCGUGGAGUGCAGAAAAUCAAUAGCAAAACUGUUACCUCGACCAUGCUGGGAGUGUUCCGUGACGAUCACAAGACCCGCGAGGAAUUCCUGAACUUAGUCAAUAGCAAAUAAAGUGUGGUAGUGGGACUUGAACAGGCGAGACCAAGAAAUCAACUAAAUCCUACAAUAUUUUUGGAGGCGCAUACAUACUUACAAUAUACAUACAUACCUACAAUAUACACGAAAAGAG